AUGGCAUCGCGCAAAUUGCCGGAAUGCUGGGGGCAUCGCGGGGCGUCUGCCGCAUACCCCGAGAACACACUUGCCAGCUUCGAGGCGGCCAUCAGAGAGGGCGCAGAUGGCAUCGAGAGCGACGUGCACGUAUCACGAGAUGACGUCGUGAUCAUGUUCCACGACCCCACGCUCGAAAGAACCACGAACGGCAAAGGAUGGAUCAAGGACAAGAACUGGUAUGGCCCUGAUGGCAUGGAACAUCUCAGGACAAUCAAGGAGCCGCACCAGCCCAUCCCCACGUUUGCCGAUACAGUCGCGCUCCUGAUGAAGCCCGAAAACCAGCACAUGAAGCUCAACGUCGACGUCAAGGUCUCCAACGACCCCCCGCGGCUCUUCGCGCUCAUGCACAAGAUCAUCUCCGCCCAGCCCGCCUGGGAGGCCGCGCUCGCGCCGCGCAUCGUUCUCGGCCUCUGGCACACGCACUUCGUGCUGCACGCGCGCGAGAUCCUGCCGUACUGCACGAUGUCGCACAUCGGCAACGACGUCUGCCUGGCGCGCCAGUUCUUCUGGGACAACUGCGUGCUGUUCUCGAUGCGCUUCCCGCUGAUGGCGUCUGUCGAGGGCCAGCGGUUCCUGCGGGAGUGCAAGGCGGCGGGAAAGCAGGUCGCGGUGUGGACUGUGAACGACCGCGACGAGAUGGUCGAGGCCGUGCGGUGGGGGGUCGACGUCAUCCUCACCGACGUCCCGCUCACCUACCUCGAGCUCCGCGAGACCCUCGAGAAGGACUACGACCGCACCGUCGCGCAGCACAGCCGCAUGUUCCUCUGGACGACGCUGCGCUUCUUCUACCCCUUCGUCCUCAUGCGGUCGCUCCUCACGCGCUUCUUCAUGGCGCGCAUCGCGGGGCCCAUGCAGAGACUGCCGCCCGCGCGCGCGGAGAAGGCAGGGAAAGCCUGAAGCGGCUGUCUUUCGUCGACACAGUCGGGGUGGUACUCUCUUCCGGGCUCCGCUUGCAAAUAGCUAUCUAUAGAGUGUGUGUGUAUCUAGACGGGAGGCAGCUCAUGUAUGUUAAUAUAGGCUUCCUCCAUUCUCAUCCA